AUGUCUAACCAAGAAGAACAAAAGCUUCCACAAGGAGGAACCGAUGUCAUGAUGAUGCUCCACCAACAAAACCAAGCUGCAACCCAAAUGUCUCAAGGAGCUGGUGCCACUCAAAAUACUCAAGCCAACACUGGUGCAGGUACGUCAUCAGGUGGUGAUGCGGAGUCUCCACAACAAUCAGGAAGCGGAACCAACUCAAAGAAGAGAGCAGGUCGUAGGAAAAUCAACAUUGAAUUCAUUCAGGACAAGUCUCGUCGUCACAUCACAUUCAGUAAGAGAAAGGCUGGUAUCAUGAAGAAGGCAUACGAACUUUCGACAUUGACCGGUACUCAAGUGUUGUUGUUAGUUGCUUCCGAGACGGGCCACGUCUAUACAUUCGCUACACCAAAACUUCAACCUUUGAUCACUCAAACUGAGGGUAAGAAUCUUAUCCAACAAUGUUUGAAUGCUCCAGAGGCCUCUCAACAACAAAUGAUGAACGGAGGAGGUGAAGAAGACGAGGAAGGAGAUGAAGAAGAAGAAGAUUAUCAAGGAGGAAUGAUGCAAGGCGGUAUGAUGCAAGGUGGAAUGGCACAACAACAAAUGAUGCAAGGAGGAAUGGCACAAAACCAAAUGAUGGGACAACAGGGAGGAAUGAUGCAACAUGGUAUGCCACAACAACAAAUGAUGGGCCAAGCUCAACAAGUUCCUCAACAACAAUACUCUUAUCAACAACAAGGAGGAAUGCCUCAACAACGUGUGAUGAACCAAAAUGCUAACAAUGGUAUGGGCCAUUUCCAAGUUCAAAUGAACCAACCACAAAACCAACCUCCACACCAAGGUAACUACUCAUUCUAA